AGUGCGAAGGGGCAAUGGCAGCUGCGGCGGAUCUUCGCCCGGUAGUGGGGGUGAUUGGCUUCGGGCUGAUAUCAGCCCUGUUGAUCAUCUCGGGUGGGCGGACAGAAUUGAGCAGCCCCGAGAUCUCGUUGCUGGGGAGAAAGCCCUUUAGCUACCCGAAAAUCCAUGUAGUCAAGAGAGGAACGUUCCUGGCAGCGGCCGAUUCAGAUGAGACUGACGACGACAAGGAGAAUGAGGCUGAAGGCAAGGCCCUCGAGGACCUGUCGGACAAGCUCAACGACGACGAACGAUCUCUGUGGCCCUUCCCAGAGUACGCGAGGCCGGUCCGUGCCGCACACUUCGAUGCCUUCGGCAGGAUCACAACCAAUGGAAAUUGUGAAGUCAACUACUGGACUGGGGGAUCGGAGUACGCAGAGGGGAAUGCCGACGGCCUGAGCAAGCUUUCAAACACGUACAACUUCCCGCAGAACUCAGAUUGCCUAUCUGGACCACCAGGAGCCUCCAAGAGGGUUGUGGAUACAAGGGCCAACACCUGGGGUUACGAAUGCUACUCGAAUGGUAAAUGCUCCAUUUUCCCGACAGGAAAGGUGGGAGAUAGCGAGCAGGGCGGCGACUUUCAGCAUUCGGUGGAUGGAAUCGCUAAGGACUAGCGUAUGGCGAUUGUAAUAUAGGCUCUGAACUCUCC